UUGUGAUUGGCUGUUGGUCUCCAAUCACCACGCAGCACAAAGAAGACGAAAAAUUUAUUUUAUGGAUAGAUGUCUUCUCUAGCCACCAUCAAACAUGACAGAGUCAAAUGGUGAAAACUGCAACAAUAUGCCACAACGUCAGGUGAGUUAGUAAUUUCUAGUUUUAUGAUGUUAUGGUUUUCUAUGCCUUUGAUGAAACCCUGCUAUUAUCCGACCGUUUCGUAAAAAAUGAAGUUUGCUAGCUAGCUGAAGCUUAUAACGUAAGCUAAUAUCCUACCGGCUAGCGUUAAUGACAGCAAGCAUGGCUAACUCUUGUAGAAUAUUACUUGUAACUUAUUUAUUGUAAUUUUAGGGUAAUGGUACAGUUGAGUCAGCAGCCAGACAUUUGGUGUCUGUGCUGCUAAGCAGUAUGGCCACAAACUGCCCAACACGGCCGUCAGAGACAGAGCUCCCUGUCCCUAGAAAUGUGCCUGUAACAGUGCAGCAAGAAAUGACAAGAUCUUUUCCAGGAUAUUUCAAAUCAAACUUCAGUCGUGGUAAAAAGAGGUGUUUGACUGCCACCAAGCAACUGGGAAAGACAAGCAAAACAACUGCUCUCAAUUUUUAUCUUCUUCCCAAAAAUACACCCCACAUACCAUUGCCAAAUGAGGAGCUUGAACUCCUCCAGGCAGGUAUGGGAAGACAAACAGUGUCUCUUCCAGAAGAUGGUGACCACACAGAGAUUUCAAAGCACCUGGCUAAAACGUUUACAAAAAUGGAGGAUCUUUGUGGGGGAUGGCUCUUGCAUAAGGCAACAGGUGGCAGUGGUCGACGAAAGCUGACUGUCAUUCCACCAGAAGCAGAGGGGUAUUCUGUCAAAGCUCUGCGAGCUGCGUCAGCAGGGGGCAAAGCCACUUUUUACAUCGUACCACUCCAGGAGACUUUAGACACCUCUCCUCUGCCUCCUGACUCAGAGCAUUUUUCAAAAAUGCCAAAAACAAAAUGCUACCAGUGUAAUGAGACGAUGCCUUUGCAUAUGCUUGCAGUACACAUUAAGACAUGCAAGGUAAAACUCACCUCCGAUGAGUCUGGUGAAGAGUCCUCUGAUGAGUUAUGGGUUGUGGAGAACAAGUGCAAGGUGGUUUGUCCAAUUUGCACCAAAGAAUUCCCAGACGAUGAGAUCACAUUCCAUGCUAGCCUUUGUGAAGAGAGCUUUGAAUCUAUAGUGACUUCUGAAGCAAAUAGCAGUGGCCCAAGUACCCAUGCUCAAACUCCAGUAUGUAAAUCAAUACAAAAAUCAAGUACGGAAGAUAUAUUGGACUUUCUUGAACAUCAAGUUGACACAACACAAGAAUUUAAGUUGUGUGUGGACAGAGAAGACCUUCCAGACAGGGGCAUUCUGCAGUGGAAAAGAAAGAAAGCUGCAUCUCCUGCCAGUACUCUGAAGGUGGUGUAUAUAGGAGAGGCAGGUAUUGAUACAGGAGCCCUUAGGAAAGAGUUUUUAACUGAUAUGGUUUCAGGUAUUGAAAACAGAUUCUUUGAAGGAGCUGGAAACCAGGGUAAAAAUCCCAAGUACUCCUUGACAGACCUUGAUAACGAGAACUUCAGAACUAUUGGUGAAAUAAUGGCAGUCAGCCUGGCACAAGGUGGCCCACCUCCUGCUUUUUUGAGAGGGUGGUGCUACAGCUUCCUCUGCACAGGAGAAGUGGACUUAAAUUCUCUGUCUAAGGAAGAUGUGGCCGAUCUAGAAUUCUGUCAACUCAUCAGCAGGGUUGAAGAUUCUGCAGAUGCUCAGUGUCUGAUGUUGAACACUGAUGAAAUUAUAAGCUGCGGAUACACGAGCCAGAUCAACCUAGACAGCAAAGAAAGCAUAAUUCGAGCAAUUGUCCUACAUUCAACUACAAGAUUAAUUCCAAUGCUGCAGCAAAUUCGAAAGGGCUUGGAACUGUAUGGCCUGGUGGACCAGAUGGCUACAAACCCUGAAGCUUGCCGCUCCCUGUUUGUUCCUGGGAACAUUAUCAAACCUGAUGCUGAUUUCAUAAUGACAUGCAUCCAGCCCAAUUUCAGUGAAAAGGGGACUUCUAAGGAGAGAACUGAGAGGAAGAUCAUCAACUUUCUGCAAGAUUUCUUGCAGGAGGUUGAAAUUUCAGACGGGGAGACAGAGAGUGCAGCUGGUGACGCAGAGCCUGUUGCAGUGCCACACGUGCUCCAGUGGAUGACAGGGCAGUCCCACAUCCCUAUACUCCCUAAUGAAAAGAGACAUUUCAAAAUAACAUGCAACUUUGACCACAACUGCAGGGAACGACUAGGAGAUCACUCAGUUUGCUACCCAAUUAUCUUGUUGAUGUCCCAUAUACCACAGCUGUUCAGGACUGAGACCUCCCUCUGUCCGUAGAGGAUGAUUAUUCCAUCCUCCAGUGAAGGUAUCAAGGUCUGCUCGGAGUCGAGGGACAAAGAUGUAGUGGACACCAAAGAGAGAAACCUCAUCAGAGAUAUCAAGCAGACCGUCUUCCUCCAAAGAGUGAAGAACUUCGUGGUACUUGCUAGUGACCGCAACCCAGACAUCCCGCCAAAGUCGCUCUAUUCUAGAAUGACAUUUUAAUUGGUUGACUUGGAUUUAUAAAGCAAUUUGUACUUUACUUAAACAAUUAAAAUGCAAGCAGUAUUUAUGCAGUCAAAAAUAUCAAGACUGAAAAUACAACUUACCUCUGAUUGUGGACACUCUUUCCCGAGAUAAAGCUGGCUCUUCCUGUUCCCCAUGUGGCGAACAUAAAGUGUGCGAUGUCCACGUUCUCAACACCCUGAUCCCCCCUUACUCUAAGAUAAAAAUCAAAUUUAAAUGACAUUCAGCAAGGUUUACUUUUACUUUAGAAUAUUAAGUUAUAAUUUCUGGUAUACAAUUAGUUAAUACAAAAAUCUGAAAUAUAAAAAACUGCCACUUCUCCAGAUGUAUGUUUUGUCAUGGUAAAAAUACCUUGAUGGUAAGCCAUGAAGCUGGGUUGAUCUCAGGAAGAAUGAGAAUGCAGUUGCUGCUUUGUUAUUUGUUGCAGCAUCCAAGUACAAGAUCUAAUAAAACCACAUGAAAAAUGUUAAUCUUCUUGCAGCUAUAAAGUUACAUCCUAAUAGCUGGCCUUGAGCUUUUAGUUUUGUUUAGUGAACAUUCUACGGGUUUUGGUACCUAAAUUAUUAUGUGUUCAUAUAUUUCAAAAAAAUAACUUGGUUACCUUGCAUCUUAGAAUACUACAUAUAUUGCACAUGUACUGUUGCAACUUACUCUUGCAUGUCUAUCAAUUUUGGUUGAAGUAUUCAAACAGACUCACUCAUUCUGUACAUAUGUUGAUUAGAAAUACAUAUUCUAUAAAUCAAGCUUCAUUUUAAUGUUAGCCUUGGUAAGAAAGGAAAGCAGAAGAAAAGGACUACUACCUAGAAUGCAAAUUUGAGAAAAAGUAGUGCUUCAACAUGAAAUUCUAUAACUUUUUCUGUACUUUCUGCAAGAAAUAUGUAAGGUUAAUGUUUAAGCAUUGUGGUUUCUGAGCACUCAGAAUACUGGCAGUUGAUGAUAAAAUUAUGAUCAACCAUCAUUACACUCUAGCUGAAGAUAAAAUAUACACUAAUUGUUCGAAUCUACAAUAAUAAUGAAUGUUAUGUCUUAAGCAGCUGAUUACAAUUGGAUGCUUUUUUCAAGUCGAAUGUUAUAUACCCCAUAAUCACAAUUUGUGUCAGGAGGCUUUAAUCUGUACACCCUCUGUCCUUAGACCCUCAAUUUGAAAAGGAAUUAGUAACAAUUUAUGUUAAGGGUACAUCAACUAUCAUGGCUUCAUGCAAAAACAAAAUGUAUUUGAUGUACUUCAACUUUGAGGAAUAUGAAAAAAUGAACAGUAUCUCAUGCACGCCUUAAUACAAGAACAAUAUUAUGCAACAAAUAGGUAUUUCAAUCAUGAUGUUGGAGUUAU